UUUGAUAACAGUGCUAGUAUAGCGAAAAUGUUUAAAUACUUUGUGGUGCUCUUCAUAGGUGCAAUGUUUAUCGGGAAUAGUAAACAACAAGGGCCGGGCGGUGCCGCGGGUGGUCAAGCCGAUUUUGGAGCUGGCAUGCAGGCGGGUGGAAAUGGAGGGUUCGGUGGUGGCGGACCUAACGGAGGCGGUGAAGCUGGAUUUGGGGCUGGGUUUAACGCAAACGCGGGAGCAGGAGCAGGAGGAGACGCAGGGCAGGGGGGUAAUAAAGGAUAACUAACGAACGUAAAACGAAGAACCUAAUGUACGAUAGGUACAUUAAAGAAACUGAGAUAUUAUUUAAUAAUAAACUGCAUAUAUAA